CUUUAAAUGCGGUCAUGGACGAUCUUCAUGCACACGCUAAAUGUAAACAGGGUAGUUAAUUAGAACACAAUUUAAACGAUAGAAGGAGAGAUUUUGCAUUUUAAAAUUGAGGAUAUUCAUUGCCUCUCGUUUGUGACUACAUUUUCUUCGACUGAAUUACAUUCUAACGAUGAUUGAAAUUUCUACUGUAAGUGUUCUUCUCAUUGCAUUUAUAAUAAACCUUUUACUUUUUAAAAUGUUUGGUGUUGGAAAACGAAAACGUUAUCCAAACGGACCCGUUGGUUUGCCAGUUCUCGGUCAUUUGACGUUUCUCGGAAAAAGUCCUACAAUCACGUUUUCGCGAUGGAGACAGAAGUAUGGAGACGUGUUCCGUAUUAGAAUGGGAAGCUGGAAUACCGUUGUUGUGAAUAGCUUCGAAGCAAUCAAAGAAGCUGCUGAAAAACCAGAUGAUGCUUUCUCGGGCCGACCGGAUUUCGUGACACAAAAACUGUUACAAGAAAUUACUGGAGAAAUUUCACUUGCAUUUGGACCUUUUGAUGAUAUUUAUUUACAACAUCGAAAGUUAGUCGCCACUGCCUUGCGACAUUUUACUUGUCGUAAAAGUAGAUUUACAGAAGAUCUGAUAUCUGAAGAAGCUGACAAGCUUGUUGACAAUUUACUAAAGAAAUCAGGAAAGGAGCCUGUAGAUAUUAGACAGAAUAUGCAAUAUGCUACCGGGAGUGUGAUCUAUCAAAUUUUGUACGGACUUGAUAUCGAUUUGAAAGAACAGGUGAACAGGAUGGUUGAAUCUGCAAAUAUAUUUACCAAAUUCACAAAAAGCGGAAAUGCUGCUGACGUAUUGCCAUGGCUGCGAUAUUUAAUGCCUUGGAAAAUUACCGGCUUCAGAAAUAUGGCCAUCUACGUGACAGCAACCCAGAAAGGGCAAAUUGAAAACCACAUCAGAUCAUUUUCUCCUGGUAAUGUCAGGGACAUCACUGACGCCUUUUUAGCUGCAGACAUGCAAGGAAAGAAUAGAAAUGAAUGUGGACUGACUAGGUCAAGACUGCUGAAUAGUACUGUAGAUCUGCAAGGUGCUGGAUUCGAUACAAGUAACAAAUCUCUUCAGUGGCUCAUCUUAUAUAUGUCCAUGUAUCCAGAAGUUCAGGAACGUGUCCAGCACGAGAUCGGUGACGUCAUAGGAAGCGGGUGCAGAAUCGAGUUAAGAGACAAGUCUCGUCUUACCUACACCGAAGCGACCAUUUUAGAAGUAAUGCGAAUGACCACAAUUAUCCCAUUUGCGGUGCCAAAACUAACAAUUAAAGACACUACAUUAGGAGGAUACGACAUUGAUAAAGGAACCGUUGUUUUCUUCAAUCUCCAUUCGGUAUCGUAUGACAAGGAAUUCUGGGGUGAUCCCCAAACAUUUCGCCCUGAACGAUUGAUUGACGAAAACAAUAGAUUGAAUGUGGAAAAGUGCAACCAUAUUUUACCAUUUGGACUCGGACGAAGACGAUGUGUUGGAGAAUUCCUUGCAAGAAUGGAGCUAUUUCUUCUGUUUACAAAUGUCAUCAGAAGAUGUAGAUUUUCAAAACCUGCAGGUGAAAGUUACGAUAUGGAACCCGACCCUGGUCUUGUAUACUCACCAAAAGCGUUUCGUGUUUUAGUAGAGGAUCGGCAAUGAUAUGGUCUUCCAUUUUCAAAAGCAGUGUGUGCCAUUUCGGUAUCGUACGAUAAAAAUUUUUGGGGAGAUCCGCAAAAUUUUUCGACCUGAAGGCAAAAUAGGUGACAACAACACAUUGAAUUCGAAAAAAUGCAACCACAUUUUAUCCUUUGUACUUUGAUGAAGACGACGUUUGGGGGAAUUUCUAGCUGAAAUGGAAUUAUAGCUUUUAUUUACAAAUGUCAUAAGAAAAUUUAAAUUUUCAAAGCCUGCUGGUGAAAAAGUAUGACAUGGAGCAAGACCCUGGUCUUAUAUAUUCAACAGAACAAUUCCCUGUAGACAAUUAACGAACAUUUUGGUAUUGAAAAUAUUAAGCACCGAUACAAUCAGAAUUGUUGAUAUACAUGAAGAUAAGAUGACAUAAUACGUUCGAUGAAAUCUUAUUUGCCAAUGUCCUCAAACGUUUGUAUCAUCCAUAUUAUGUUCAUAAAGUGUGUUAACCUGAGACUUUUGGAAAUGUCUCUAAAAUUUCUAAACAACUAAAUUGUCACAGUGCAUGUAACUACAAAAGGCACAGGCAUACAGUCAUUUUCAACAAAGCUACGGUAAAAGGUUUGAUUGUGUUUAAUACACUGUAUUAUGCAAUAUAUAUGAUACUCGUAGAUCUAUUACAGUUUUUAGAAAAACAAAAACAAAAACGAAAAAAAAAAACAAGAAAA